GCGGCGUGUACCCACAACUCCGAGUGUCCUGGAGGCGAACGGCGUGGAGUCUCCAGCUCCGUCCCUCCCGCCCGCUCCGGCCCGUCCGCCCCGCGCGCUGCCCGAGUCCUGCCGACCCAACGUGCCACGGUUGGACGACUGAGUUCCCGGAUUCUGCAGCACAGUUCCCGGCGGCUGCUUUACAGAGAUGCCUGGAAGGAGGGCUCGUAAGAGCGCUCAGCAGAGCCCGACGCGGGCCCCGGCAGAUCCUGAAGUUGAAUGUGCCAUUCAGUUCAGGAGAAUUGGAGACAAACUGAAUUUCCGGCAGAAACUUCUGAAUUUGAUAUCCAAACUCUUCCGCUCAGGAACCUGACUUCAGAAGCUUUCCAGCGAAGAAUGAAGAGACUCCUUUCAAACGGAAGAUUCCCCAGUAAGUGCAAAUUUCAUCAAUUAGAGGAGAGACUGCCUUGUAAUGGAGAAAAACAACGUGAAGGAGCGCUCACG